UCGGCGCUUAGCGGAAGCCGGAAGCGGGGCCUAGGCUGCGGAAGCGGGUUUCCGAGGCGAGCCAGAUCCAGCGGUCGGUGCUACCUGCUCUUGAACGGGGAUCGCCAUGGGGCGAGGCGGCGGCACCUUCGAGCGGCUUCUAGAUAAAGCUACCAGUCAGCUUCUGCUGGAGACAGACUGGGAGUCCAUCCUCCAGAUUUGCGAUAUGAUUCGUCAGGGUGACACCCAGGCUAAAUAUGCUGUUGGUGCAAUAAAGAAGAAAGUCAAUGACAAGAAUCCACAUGUGGCUCUCUACGCGCUAGAGGUCUUGGAAUCUGUGGUAAAGAACUGUGGUCAAACAGUUCACGAUGAAGUGGCUAACAAACUGACCAUGGAGGAGUUGAAGGAAUUGCUGAAGAGACAAGUGGAAGCCAAUGUUCGCAACAAGAUCCUGUACUUGAUCCAGGCAUGGGCUCAUGCCUUCCGCAAUGAACCCAAGUACAAGGUGGUGCAGGACACUUACCAGAUAAUGAAGGUUGAAGGUCAUGUUUUCCCAGAAUUCAAGGAGAGUGAUGCCAUGUUUGCAGCGGAAAGGGUGAGUGUCCCAGUUGGGAAAGGGGCACGCCUCACAUAUGGAAAUGAUUUGGACUUUUUUGUGGCCCCAGACUGGGUGGACGCGGAGGAGUGUCACCGGUGCAGAGUCCAGUUUGGGGUGGUGACUCGUAAGCACCACUGCCGGGCAUGCGGGCAGAUUUUCUGUGGGAAGUGCUCCUCCAAGUAUUCCACCAUUCCCAAGUUUGGCAUAGAGAAGGAGGUGCGGGUGUGUGAGCCCUGCUACGAGCAUCUCAACAAGAAAGCAGAAGGGAAAGGAACUGCAACCACGGAGCUUCCUCCUGAGUACCUGACCAGCCCUCUUUCCCAGCAGUCCCAGCUGCCUCCCAAGCGUGAUGAAACUGCCCUGCAGGAGGAGGAGGAGCUGCAGCUGGCCAUUGCACUCUCCCAGUCAGAGGCAGAGGAGAAGGAAAGGAUGAGACAGAAAAGCACGUAUUCCACAUACCCCAAGGCUGAGCCGACACCAGUCACUUCAUCGGCUCCACCAGUCAACACCCUUUAUUCCUCGCCUGUGAACUCCUCUGCACCUCUGGCUGAGGACAUUGACCCUGAGUUGGCUCGGUACCUGAACCGCAACUACUGGGAGAAGAAGCAGGAGGAGGUGCGCAAGAGCCCCACCCCUUCAGCCCCGCUAUCCAUGGGGGAGCCAGCAACCCAAAACACCGAAGUCCAGCCUGCCCCACUCAGUGUGGUGGAGCAGCAAUACCAAAACGGUGAGACAGACGAGAGCCACGACCAGUUCCUGAAGGCUCUGCAGAACGCCGUCACCACCUUCGUCAACCGCAUGAAGAGCAACCACCUGCGGGGCCGGAGCAUCACCAAUGACUCUGCUGUGCUCUCGCUCUUCCAGUCCAUCAACAGCAUGCACCCUCAGCUCCUGGAGCUGCUGAACCAGUUGGAUGAGCGCCGCCUGUACUAUGAGGGACUUCAAGAUAAACUUGCCCAGAUCCGGGAUGCGCGGGGAGCCCUGAACGCUCUGCGGGAGGAACACAGGGAGAAGCUGCGCCGUGCUGCCGAGGAGGCCGAGCGCCAGCGCCAGAUCCAGCUAGCCCAGAAGCUUGAGAUUAUGCGGCAGAAGAAACAGGAAUACCUGGAGAUGCAACGGCAGUUGGCGAUCCAGCGCCUUCAGGAGCAAGAGAAGGAGCGCCAGCUGCGGCUGGAGCAGCAGAAGCAUACGAUCCAAAUGCGGGCCCAGAUGCCUGCUUUCUCCUUGCCGUAUGCUCAGCUGCAGGCCAUGCCUCCUGCCGGCGGGGUGAUCUACCAGCCAUCAGGCCCCACAAGCUUCCCAGGCACCUUCAGCCCAGCAGGCUCUGUGGAGGGCUCACCUAUGCACACAGUCUACAUGAGCCAGCCUGCCCAGGGCAGCACCGGACCGUACACUGCAAUGCCUGUGGCAGGAACAGAUCCCAACAUGGUGAGCACUUACAUGUACUCAGCAAGCACCAAUAAUGCCCAGGCAGCUCCGCAAGGGCAGGCUGUGCCCACCACGAAUCCUGCCUAUUCCUCCUACCAACCUACACCUACCCAAGGCUUUCAGAACGCAGCUGCCCCUGCCCAGACCCAGGCUAUCCCAGCCAUGACACAAGCGCCACAGGGCUACAUGGGCAAUCAGUCGGUCUCUAUGGGCUACCAGCCCUACAACAUGCAGAACCUCAUGUCAACCCUCCCUGGCCAGGAACAGGGUUUGAGUAACCUGCCACCCCAGCAGCCUUACCUGUCAGGACAGCAGCCUAUGUAUCAGCAGAUGGCACCUCCUGGAGGACCUCCCCAGCAGCAGCAGCCUCCUCAGCAGGCUCCAGUCCAGGUGCAACAGGCACAAGGCGGCAGCGGAGAGGCUCAGCUGAUCUGCUUUGACUAAUCUCUUGGCUUAUGAGGAAAGGGAGGGGUGGGUUUCUAAGACAUUGUAACACUACCAUCUGUUGGUCACUGCUGUACUCGCUACACCAUUGCUAUUACCUUGCGCCAUCCCCACCCUGGGGAACAGAGAGCUGAGCCCCCGCCGUCCUAGGUAGUUUCCCGUUGGCUACCUGUACCUCCCCUCUCCAUCCCUCACUAAGUGAGCCUUCUGGGAGGAGUGAGAGACACCUGUGCUCAAAUAACCUUAUACACUGUUCCUUGGCUGUGGAGAGAGAGAGUAGCCCACUGCCUGAUCCUAGCUUUGUGUUGGCUGGGUAGCAGAGCAGAAUUCUCAAGGAGCCCUUCCUAUGUGCGCCGUUACAGGUUGGAGAGCUGCUCUUCUCUUAUUGGAAACUGCAUUUAAGCAUGCUCCAAUGCCAGAGUAAAUGGGUCCAGCCCACAGCAUGAUCUGGGCCUACAUCCUUCUCCCCCCUCCCCUUUAGUACAUUCUAUGGUUGCAUCUUGCCAAUCAAGUGGCCUUCAUCUCCAACACCACUGCCCCCUCCCCCUCCAUGACCUCACAGCCCUCCAUGUCUCUUCUCAAUCCUUUGGAGAACCCACGACAUUGAACACAGCCUGCUCCAGGCCUGCAUUUCUUCUCCCCUUCCUCUGCCCUACUUAUGCUCGCUGCUUUUGAAGACUCAUCUCUUGUGUUUAGUGCUGGUGUAGACAGAAUGGAACCAGUGACAAUAAAGUAUUUAAAACAUUU